AUGAGCGUUCAGGCAGCAGUCGCAUUACUAAACAAGAAUGCAACGAGCUCAUCUAGUGGUGCGUGCAAAUUAUCAUCACAAAUUGCACCACCCUCACCUCCGGUAAAGUUGGCGAACACUUGUUGGAGGAAUAGCAAUCCCACAGAAAAAAAAGAGAGCAACGCUGAAUUGAAACGCAUUCGUACGACAUCGGGUGGUGGGGUUGCAUCCAUGCUCAGCAAGUUUGAUCAACACCAGCAUGCACGUAUUACCACAAACACGACAACAAUUACCCAACCUAAUACCAACACCACCACCAUUAAUACAAAGACGUCAUCCUCAUCAUUGAACAAACGAGCAACAGCCACACAAUCAACGUUAACAUCUGAUAAUAAGGAUAACAGGGGCGACAAAAUUGACGUAAUGAUCAAUGAGUUGACGUGCAUGUAUGAAACUAUCAUGCAGCAAUAUCAAGCAGCGCAAACCACGAUUGAGCAGCUUCAGACCAAAGAGGGAAUGAUUAUUACCAAAGACAGCAACGUCAUGUCAUCACAAAUACGUGAUUAUGAAAUACGUAUACAAUACUUGAGCGACAAGUUGGAGCAAAUGUCGCAAGAACACGAAGAGCUUGAACAACAACUUGCUUCCUAUCGCAGCCACCAAGACAAUGACCAUCAUCUUGAAGAUGCCAGCAAACAACGCCGUAUCACUGUUGAGACCAAUACGACUCGUAGUGAUCAACCUGACGACUUUUGGAAUUGUCUACUUGAUACCUAUGACAAGAGCUCAGUGAGUACGGGUUGUACAUCAGCGAGAACGAGCAAUGAAAAUGACGAGGAGACUAUGAGUUGUGAUAAGGAGGUCGUUGUUACAGUUGACCAUGAGCAGCUCCUUUCUAUCAAGAAGCAAAUGUCGGCACUCGAAAGAGGGGCACACAUGAUGUUUGAGUUACAAGCUGGUGAGCUUGAAAGCGAACGCAUUCAAACGAGAGCCCUUACUGAGGUUGUGCGUAAACAAGACAAGUUGAUUGCUGCACUUGAAUCUCAGCUAUCCAGCACGCAACGUAGCAACGAUCAGCUGCUGCUUCAGGAACAAAUGGAGUUGCAACGUAUUGAAUUGGAAGAUAAGAGAGCUUUGCUGGCAAGGCUCUUGGAUGAGAGAGAAGACUUGCUCAAACGUACUACCACCACCACAUCACCCCCUUGCAAGACUCCAAAUCGUAGUAGAUCGGCUUCAGUGCGUUCAUCCAUUGAUAUUUUAUCAGAAAUGUCGAGAACGGACUCAACGGGUCAUCCACUUUCUCGCGCAUCUUGCUCAUCUUUACGACAACAACAACAGCAACAACAGCAACAACUUGCCUCAACACGAUCCUCUUUAAGCACAUCAUUGCAUCUUGGCCGAUCCACACCACCACUCACAGCACCACCUCGUGAUCCUUUACCACCGCUACCUGCACGAUCCUCUGUUGUUCAAAGCUCUACAUCCAUAUCCACAUUAUCACCUGCAUCCUCAUGGUCAUCGGCUGACUAUGCAGCUAUCAAAGCACAGGAUAUUUGCAGUAGUACGGUAUAUCGAGAAACCACACCACGAUCACCAUCACCAGCUUGGCUUGAUCAUCCACCACCACAUCAUAGCAUCAUUGCCACCAUGCCAUCUUCAUCAUCAUCACCCACAUCGCCGCCGCCACCGCCGCCUCAAUCAUCCACCACCAAUAUCAGUCGCCAGCCGACGAUCAAGCUAUCUAGAAAGAGUACUUCUAAUAAUAAUAAUUCAGCCUUUUGGAAAGGUUGGAAGCAUCGUUUGGGCUCUCGAUAG